AUGAUUUUCCUUCGCCACUGCCAACUGAGCUCCCAGGACCUCAUCACCUGUGAACGAGCACUGCUUAGGUUCGUUUCGGGUCGAUCUAAACCUGUGAACCUAGAUUUCAAUGUCUGGGACUAUACGAUGCCCGAGAUCUAUGGCUAUAUCCUCGGCAUGUUUGUCAAGCUCGGGCUGGUCGAAUGCCUUGGCGUCACACAGAAUGAGUUGCUCGACUUUAUCAUUGAUGUCGAUCGCGGAUAUCUCGCCACCUUCUACCACUCCUUCUACCACGCCGCAGAUGUCACUUCGGUUCUCUACCAUAUGCUCCAGGAUAUGCAGGCUUCGCAAUACCUGUCCAAACCCGACAUGGCUGCCUUACUCCUCGCUGGUCUCUGUCACGAUAUCGGUCACCCAGGACUCAACAACUUGUUCCAGGUCAACGCCAAGACGGACCUCUACAAGAAGCACGGAGAAGAGUCCGUUCUGGAAAAGUACUCUUGCUCGCUUGCCAUGGACCUUGUCACCAAACAUACCCUCUUCCGCAACAUCUCUCGGUCAGCUACCGCCAUCCUCCCAGAGGGUCACCACGCAACAGAAUGCGGGAUGAGGGAAGCCAUGGUCAAGGCCAUUCUCGCCACUGACAUGUCUUUCCAUUACGAUAUGCUCAACAACCUCAACAACCUCAUCGAAGCGACCUCACCUCCCAUGUCGUCCAGCGGCUCAGAAGCCUCGGAAUCGGAGUCAGAGUCUGAAAACGAAGUUCAACCCAAGAGACUUGCCCUUGCCCUGACCGCAACCCGACCUUCUCUUCAGUUUACAGGAGUAGACGAGAAAACACGGCAGUUUAAGACAAAGACUGUAUCGAUGGCAUCCCCACUCAGCAUAUCAACAGGACCCUUGCCACCAUCGCCAACAGAAGAGCAGCAGGACGGAAAUGGUCAACGCAAACGAUCAUCCUCUAGUGGCUCUUCGUCUUCUAGCGGCUCCUCUAGCUCAGGAUCGUCAUCUUCACGUCGCAGCCUGGAUGGAUAUACCGCCCAGGAUCUUACCCCCGAGCAGAGACAGAGUCUAUGCAACUGCCUGCUGCACGCCGCCGACGUCUCAAACGCCGUCAAACCCUGGACUAUCUGCAAGAGGUGGUCUGAUCUUGUGGUCCAAGAGUUUUUCCGUCAGGGCGAUAUCGAGAAGGCUCAGCAUUUGCCCGUCUCGCCCAACAUGGAUCGGGACCAACACAAUCAGCCACAGAUCUCGCUCGGCUUCAGCGACUUUGUUGUCCAGCCAUACUUUGAAGCCUUUGUCGAGCUCCUACCCGAUGCGUCGCCUCUUAUGACGACACUCGCCGACAACCGUGUGCAGUGGGUAGAGCUCCAAAAAUCCAACCAACAGUUUGGCUACGAUCCUUAUUUGGCUGUUGACCCGCUCGAGGAACCCAGUUUGGCCCGACGUCCUAGCUCGCCCUUGCUCUCGCAUUUACCUCCCGGCCGUCGUGUUUCUGUGGCGGCUGGUGUUUUGAUACUGGAUGAUGCACCUCCUCAGCGCACCACACACCAUCGCCGACUCCGACACUCUACCAACACAGAAGCAUCUCCUGGACAUGCGCUCAGACGAAUCAAGCGUUCUUUAUCUGGCAGAUCGCUGUCGACAAGUCUUCAGAAUCUCCACGUCUUGACUACAAGGUCAUCUAGUCAAGUGCUUGGCAGGACUUCGCCUGGAUAUGAUGCCUCGUUUUCGGUUUUAAAGCGGCAGGCAUCUCUGAACGAAAAGGACACGGCUCUUGCCUUUAGCGUUCAUAGUCGCAGCGAGUCCAUUGCCUCCCCUUUGCCACCACUGCCACCUCCAUCGACUACUCCCACCACGACAUCCAGGCCUGAGUUGACCCGCGACCGAUCUGUCUCUGACCUCAAGCACCGCGCUCCCAAGUACAAGGGUGAUGCCGGUGUUUCUCACGGAGGAUCUUUCCGACAGAAAAGAUUGGCCAGUUUGCAGGUCGGAGGCCAGGUCAUGAACACCCAACAGGUGUAUGGCGAUGGGUACUCUGUCCCGCAUGAGCAAGCAUCAUCUGGCACUGGACAUAUACCCGCAUCCGGUAUGAACGAGUCUUCCUCGGUGUAUGCAGGCUCCAAGGGAACCCAUCCUCUGUCCAGCUCUCCUGCACCCUCACCUCUGCCUCAAGCAGGAAACCGAAGCAGUACACCGGCUGUGAUGAUGAACAAGAUAAAGUACGAUUGGGCCAUGUCACCCACACUGCCAGAGAUCCCUCACCCUGCUCGCUUUGGCUGUGGACCGUUGGAUGGAGUUGACGAGAUGAUGGCCACACAGGUCACCGUAGGAGACACCGAGCCCGCGCCUUCGCCAUUUGACACCUCCCGGAGUGAUCCAACAGGGAGCAGCAGCACACCCACGAUCGUGACGCGCACUGUGAGCCCUGUGUUGAGAAAGUCGGUCGAGUUUGCUCUUGAGCCUUCUUCGCCAGCAUCAUCGCCAGUUGCGAAGGAGUCAACUGUGCUUUUGGCAGAUGGUUUGACUACUGAAGAGGUCCCUCUGGGCUUGGUCGUCAGUUCGUCGACGGUAACGCCACCUAGUUCAUUGACAGCACGCAGACGGCGCGAUGUCGCAGGCACCGUUGCUAUCUCGACGGCCUCUAGCCCUAGCAGCAACUGA